AUGGGGGAUGAGAAUACUGGUUUCUUUCAUAAGAGUAUAAAAAUGCAAGCUUAUAAGAAGAGAGUAGUGUCUAUCAAAGACAUGAAUGGGAGCUGGUGUUAUGGUAGGACCAGUAUAGCUGGGGCCUUUACUGACUAUUAUAAAUGGCUGCUUGGCACAAAACAGAUUUGCUCUUCCAAAAUGGAUCUUGUUAUAAUUUCUCAAGGAGUUAAAGCUCCUGGUCCUGAUGGUUUCAAUAUCUCCUUUUAUAAGUUGAGUUGGGACUCUUCUGGCAAGUUGUUAAAGGAGAUCAACUACACUAACUUGGUGGUGUUGCCUAAGUGUGACCAACCUGAGAGUGUGACUGACUUCAGACCUAUUGCAUAUUUGCAUGCUGAUAUUAUAGGAAGGUAUAAAAUGAAGAGCUCUCCCCAGGGCUCUAUGGUUAAAGUGGAUAUUCAAAAAGCUCAUGACUCAGCCAAUUGGAAUUUCUUAGAAUAUAUGUUGACUGCUUUGAAUUUUCCUAAUCAUUUCAUCAAAAUGGUUAUGGAAUGUGUAAGAAUUCCUAGCUUUUCCUUGGUUAUUAAUGGAGAGGUUAAAUGA